AUGCAUUCUAUGGGGGAUGUGCUCACUUCAGAGCAAGAAGAGGCGUUUCAUUGGCGACUGAACGAGGCUCGAAAGGCCAAGGACAGAGGCAAUGUUGCGUUGGAAUUUGGGAGGCGGCAAAAGGAUUCUAAGAAGCUGCGCGAGGCAUCGUUUAGCUACAAAAAGGGUUGUUUGCUCCUGACUGAGUACAUCCCUGACACGAAUGAGAGCGCGGGAAGCAGCCUUCAGGACAUGUUAGUCAAACGGCAAGCGGGGGCCAGGCGGCACCCACUCAGCGAGGAGCAAUUCGCUGAAAUCAUGGAGUUGUAUGUUGCCUUGCAGAAAAAUCUGGCCCUUGUAAACUACCUUCUCGGUCGCCACGCGGAGGGAGUGAAGUGUGCAACAACUGUACUCUCGAUUUCUGGGCAUGAGAAUGACGAUAAGGCGUUGUUACGUCGCGCUCACUGCAACCACUGCCUUGGGGAUUUAAGAGCGGCAGAGACAGACCUGAAUACCCUGGAGCGUCUCAGCAAGGAUGGAAACGUGCCAAUUGAUUCAGCGGUGCCCGAUCUACGUAGACAAAUUGCGAAAACCAGACAACAGGCGUUGGAGAAGGAGCGCAAAAUGUGCGCAAAGAUGUUUGCUUAA